AUGUCGAACCUUAACCAUUGUGAGGACGUCCAGUCUUUCUCGCAGGUUUCUGAGGAGUUUAUGGACUGGCUGAAGCAGUCCCCGGGAGUGAGAGUGAACCCAAAGAUUAAGAUUGCAGAUCUUAGAUCGGAAGGUGCUGGAAGAGGCAUUGUGGCCUAUGACGAUAUCAAUGAAGAGGAGGAGCUUUUUGCCAUACCACAGGGCCUUGUGCUUAGUUUCCAGAACUCGAAACUGAAAGAUCUUAUGGAGAUAAAUGAGCGUGACUUGGGUCAGUGGCUUUGUCUCAUUCUUGUGAUGAUAUAUGAGUAUCUUCAAGGUGCGGCUUCUCCAUGGGCGCCAUAUUUCAAAGUCCUACCCACAGAUUUCGAUACCUUGAUGUUCUGGACAGAUGCAGAGCUUCUGGAACUGAAGGGAAGUGCCGUUUUGGGUAGGAUCGGGAAAUCUACCGCAGAAGAAGUUUUCCUUAGAGAUCUUCUUCCUCUCGUCUCCAAAAACUCUGAGCUGUUUCCACUCACUGGUGGCCUGCUGUCUUACAACUCACCCGAUGGGAAAGCCGCACUCCUGUCUCUUGCUCAUCGGAUGGGUUCUUUGAUCAUGUCUUAUGCCUUUGACGUCGAAAAUGACGAAGCUGAAGAAGUGGAGGGGGAGGAUGGUUAUGUGACAGAUGACGAGGAGCGGCAGCUACCCAAAGGAAUGAUUCCCUUGGCAGACCUCUUGAAUGCGGAUGCAGAUAGAAAUAACGCACGUCUAUUUCAAGAAGAUGGCUAUCUUUCUAUGAAAUCCAUAAAAUCCAUCCGAAAAGGGGAAGAAAUAUUCAACGAUUACGGAGAAUUACCUCGCGCCGAACUUCUGAGACGAUAUGGGUAUGUUACUGACAGUUACGCUCAAUACGAUGAAGCCGAGGUUCCGAUUCAAACAAUAUGCAGGGUCGCGGGGUUAAAAUCUUCUACCCCAGGCCCAGAUGAGCCCCGACUGGAAUUCUUGGAUGACUUGGAGGUGUUGGACGACGGCUAUGGCAUCCCGCGACACGACAGGUCUACCCCGUUAGCGGAAACUCUACCAACUGAGCUUUUGGUCGUUCUCAAUAUCUUAGUGAUGCCCCUUGAGCAGUUCAAUCAACUGAAACAGAAGAGCAAGGUUCCGAAACCUGCCUUAGGGAUUGCGGAGGCCACUUUGCUUGAUGAAGUGGUGCGACUAAUCCUUGGGGAAUACCCUACUACCGUCGCCCAAGACAAGGAGCUCUUAGCUUCAUGCGCCAACUAUCAGGGAUCUACAAGCCCAAUAUCCGCAGGACGACUCAAGAUGGCGCUGCAAGUCCGAAAAGGAGAGAAAGAAAUUUUAAACGCAGUUCUUUCCGAGCUUGAAGACUUCAUUGCUCAACAUCGUCAAGUUUCAGACUCAUAUUCUGCCACGAAAAGGAGCAUGGAACAUUCUACGGGCCUCGGAGAGAAACGAAGAAAGAUAUGA